AUGCAGCUGUCGUUCUGCAAGCUGCGCACCCACCAGUGGUGUUUCUUGCUCUUCAACGUGCUCCUGUUCCAUGCGCUGCUCUUCGGGGCAGACUUUGUGGAGGAGUACCUUCUCCAGCCCUUCCCAGGCACCUACACAGACGUGAAAGUGCUGGAGGUCAGGGAGAGGGCGCGGAAGCUGGACAUGACCGCAGCAAGGGGCAACAUCUCCCAGCAGUACACCAUCAGCAACCCUCAGGCCUGCUCUGGUCAGGAUCUAUUCCUGCUAGUGCUCAUCUUCAGUUCCCCUGACAAUGCCCAUCGCCGGGAGACCAUCCGCAGGACCUGGGCCAAUCGCACACACAUCCAGAAAUGUCUGAUCCGGACAUUGUUUAUACUGGGAUCACCCACAUCCCUUAGCACGCAAGCCACCGUCCUGAAGGAGGUUGAACUCUACAGUGACAUCAUCCAGGGGCAUCUCAUCGACUCACCUAGUAACCUGACUCCUAAAACCCUGCUAGCCAUGCAGUGGGUGGUGACGUUCUGCCCCUUCGCACGGUUUAUCUUGCACGCCAAUGAGACGGCAUUUGUGAACUUAAUGGCCUUGGGGGACUACCUGCUCACACUUCGACGGCACCCAGAGGAUUUGUACAUUGGCCGUGUGGUGCACCAGGAGAUGCCUGACAGAGACCCCAACAGCGCUCACUUCCUGUCCCCCGGUCUGUAUCGUGACAAGUACUUCCCUGACUACUGCUCGGGCUCCGCCUUUGUCAUCUCCCAAGAUGUGGCCCGGAAGGUAAUUGUGGCUUCAGCAGAGGUGCAUUACCCUGUGCCCUACGAUGUGUUUGUGGGGAUAUGUGCCCGCAAGGCUGGCGUUGUGCCAACCCACAGUGCCCGCUUCUCAGGAGAGAGGCACAUCCGCUACAACGCCUGCUGCUACCAGUUCAUCUUUAGCUCAGCCAGCGUGGGGGAUGAGCAGCUGGACUCCAUCUGGCAGGAUCUGGGGGAGGAAAGGAGAUGCUCCCUGCUGGAGACCUACUAUAGCCUGGUGGCCUGCAAGGCACUCACCUACCUAGACAAGUUUUCAUUCUUCAACACUGGGAGCAUUAGGGAAGCUGAUUCCCAUGGCUAA